AAAUUACACGCUUUCUUGAAAGAGGCAUUUACUGAGCGCCCAAUGUAUGCCUGGCACUGGGCUGGGUGCUGCCACCUAAGCGAGCACGACCAAUGCAAUCUAUCAGAGAGGCCCUAACCGCCAAGCAGCUGGCCCCUGCAGUCCGCCAUGCCACUCCCGACGCCUAGCGCGCCGCUCAGCACACCGUGAGCGCCCACUAACUGUUGGGCUCCAAUGACGCAGCGGAGGCAGCCCCGUCCCCGCGCUCCCGCCGGUCCCGCCGUUCCCGCCGCACCCGCAGCUCCCGCCAAGACCGCCCUGGAGGCCAGACGCUGGCCUGCAGGGAGAGGGCGGUGGGCGCAUUCGCUAGGGGGCGCGGCGGGGCGGGGCGCACCUUUCCGCGGGCCGCGCGGAUGGCGGCGCAGGGUGUAGGGCCUGGGCCGGGGUCGGCGGCGCCCCCGGGGCUGGAGGCGGCCCGGCAGAAGCUGGCGCUGCGGCGGAAGAAGGUGCUGAGCACCGAGGAGAUGGAGCUGUACGAGCUGGCGCAGGCGGCGGGCGGCGGUAUCGACCCCGACGUGUUCAAGAUCCUGGUGGACCUGCUGAAGCUGAACGUGGCCCCCCUCGCCGUCUUCCAGAUGCUCAAGUCCAUGUGUGCCGGGCAGAGGCUAGCGAGCGAGCCCCAGGACCCUGCGGCCGUGUCUCUGCCCACGUCGAGCGUGCCCGAGACCCGAGAGGCCUACUUUCUCUCUGCCAGGAACAGUAGCCCCCCUGCAAGGCCCUCCUUUUCCUCCAGCCCGCAGCCUGCGGCGUCUCCGGUUCUGCUCCACAGCCCGGCUGCCACACACUCGCCUCUCUCUCCAGGCCCCCCGGGUUCCCUCCGCCUCUCUUGCUGCCUGUUCUCUCCUUUUGCAGGGAGAAACAAAGGCAGCGCUGCCCUCGGGGGAGCAUUGGCCCUGGCGGAACGCAGCAGCCGCGAAGGAUCCAGCCAGAGGAUGCCACGCCAGCCCAGCGCUACCAGGCUGCCCAAGGGGGGCGGGCCUGGGAAGAGCCCUACGCGGGGCAGCACCUAGGAUGGGGCAGAGACUUGUCACAUCUUUGUCCCCAGCAAAGGCUGCAUGUUAUCUCCUUCGGUUGAUAAUAAACCUUUCUGAGAUGCAGAGGGUCCAGGUCA